GGUGCUCUUGAACACAGCCCUUGCAUUUCAGUCCCGGGUAAAUUUCUACCGAUUCAACGUCACGAGUUGUUGUAGUGUUUCUGUGUUUUACGAAUUAAGACACGCUUCAUUAAGCGCGUGUUAUUCUUGCUUUCAUUAAUUUAGAAAGACCGUUUGUUUUAGUUCCUGUUGAAGUAUUGCAGCAGCGUGCAGAGCACCAGUCUGCAUCACGAGCAGAUACACAGGAGGGAUGUCGCGCGGUGAGCUGGAAAAGCUGGACCCGGCUGUAUUCCAGAAGCAGUUGCACAGUCUGAAAUUUAGCAUGGAAGAAGAGGGAGAUAAUAAUAUGUGCAAUGACACUGACUCAGACGCAGCAGAUGGCACUAAGAAGGAUGGUACCAAGUGUACGGUCAAAUGGACUCAGGAAGAGGAUGAAAAUCUCAAAAUCCUGAUUAGCAACUUUGGGAAAAAAGACUGGAAAACCAUUGCCAGCUUUUUACCGGGGCGGACAGAAUUUCACUGUAUGCACCGCUGGAAAAAAUACCUGGAUCCUGACUUAGUCAAGGGCUAUUGGUCGAAGGAGGAAGAUGAAAAGAUAAUGGAGCUGGUAAGCAAGUACGGCACCAAACACUGGUCCAUGAUUGCCAGGCAGCUGAAGGGGCGGUUGGGGAAACAGUGUCGUGAGCGCUGGCACAACCACCUCGACCCGCUGAUCAAUAAGAGCUCCUGGACUCAAGAAGAAGACCUCAUUAUCUACAAAGCCCACUCCAUUCUGGGAAACCGCUGGGCUGAGAUUGCCAAGCUGCUCCCUGGAAGAACAGACAAUUCAGUGAAAAAUCACUGGAACUGCACCAUCAAACGUAAAGCAGAGUUGGGCUCGUUCAGAGACGAUGCUGACAGCAUUUCCCUCGAUAUUCAACAGUUUGUGGAGGGAGAGGUGGACUUCAAGUGUGAUGUUGUAUUAGACACUGAACCAGUAACCCCCAAAGUGAUAAGGCUAGAGAAAGAAAAAAAGCAGGAGUGUCAGAAAGUCAAGCCAAAGAUGGCCGUUCAGCUUCCUCAGACUUCAGCGUCCAUGAGUCCUUCUUUACCCCGCAGUUCGAGCUCCAGUCCCAGUUCUACCUCAGGCGCUGCACCAGUAGCUGCGCCGGUGGACCAGAAAAAGUUUGUCACAGCAGCACUGAGGAUGAUCGCUGAAGACAUGCUGCCACUCAGUUUUGUUGAAGGCGCAGGCUUCCGGUCAUUCAUGAGUACCAUCAGCCCUGAAUGCAACAAGCUAUCCCAGCGUGUCAUGGGCCUACAGCUCUAUGAUGAUGUGGAGAGAGCCAUCAAGCCUCAGCUCAUCCGUGACCUUAAAGCCAGCCUUGCCAAAACCAAAGAUGGUGAGAGUGCCAUUCAUGUCACCCUUGACCUCUGGGCUGGGGGUCAGUCCCAUCCAGCGGAUGAGCCAGUUGUCAUUGUGCAGCUCCACUUUGUCAGUGAUUCCUGGCAGAUCCGCCGUCCCAUUGUGGCCUUCCGUCACCUCAGCCACAAAAACCUCAGCACGGCUGUGGCGAGGGAGCUUGAAGGUGUGCUGCUGAGCUACGGCAUCUUUCCUCAGAGCAUCGGCUACGUCCUCACCAACCAGGCCAAAGGAGCCCUGGCUGGAAACAACUUGUUCUGCGACUACAAGAUCAUGUGCUCGUCAAACAGAGGAGAAUUGGAUGGAGAUGAGUUGGUGACAUUUCUGUCAGACCAGAUGUCUGAAACAGAAUCCCCCUUUUCAGAGCUACAAAUCGGGAAAAGAACCCCGUGCGUGGCCCAAACAUUGCAGCUUGUGAUUAAGGAGGCAUUGAAGAACUCCAGGGUGGUGGAAAACCUGCUCUCGCAGGUCCAUAAUGUGGUAGCUUUUUUUAGGAGCAGCGCAUACUGGAGCGAGGUCUUGUUGAAGGAGUGCAAUGUGUCCUUGUGUCCUUCCACCAGUAACUGUCGCUGGAACUCCAUGAUGUUGUCUUUACGCCGUAUGGUUCAGGAGUCCGCCUGGAGUACCAUCAUGACUCUGCUUGCCCAGGCUCGCAUAGAGGCCAGUGACACAGCCAGCGUCCCGCCUCUGGUCAUGGCUAAGAGGGAGCAAGUGAUUGACAUCCUGGGUCUCCUUGAGCCCUUUGAGGAGGCCUUGCAGGUCCUGCAAGGAAAUGGAGUGACCAUCUCUUUCAUCACACCUUCCCUCAUUGGCCUUGAUAAGACCUUGGAGGGCCUCGUCACCAACUACACCCACUUCAACAAGGCCCUGCGCUCAGGCCUCCAAACACAUUUCCAGUCCCUGAUUCACCAGAAGGACAUGAUACUAGCUGCUGUGCUCGAUCCCAGGAUCAAACUGCAGCCAUUUUCUGAUGCCAAACUGGAGAACCAGACCGGUUUCCUAACGCCCCCAUCAAAGAAUGAGGCUCGCACCAUCGUCGAAACCACAUUAAGAAGCAUGGGAGCCUCAGCAUCUCCUUCCGUAGAGAUAGAUAAAGACCAGACAAGUAAGGAAUUGACAAAAGACCAGGAUGCUGCUGAGGAGAGCCAAGACAGCACGCUGCUGGAGACAUCUGGUGGCAGCUCAGAUGACAACAACUGUGACAGAGUGAAUGGAAAUGACCUCAAGCGCAAAUCCAUCUUCAACUUCCUCCAGCCGCCCGCAAAGACCAUUAAGAUUGCAGAGCUCGAUGCGUACCUGGCAGAACCACUGCUGGAAAGCAACUCCAGUGUGUCUUACUGGAAAAAUGCAACUCGAUUUCCCCUGCUCCAGGGCAUCGCAAAGAAGCUUAUGGCAGUACCGGCCACCUCCGGAGGCUUCGAUCGGCUCUGUCCGAUGGCAGCAUGUAUUAUAAAAGCCAAAAGGAACCGCCUGCCAUCUCACACCACAGAGAGACUGCUUUUAUAUAAAAACUCUUUAAAAACAAAGACUGUUAAAAAGCCCAGCGGGGGUCGCUAAACACUGAUGGGUUCAGUGACAAUUGGUUCUGGUUAUUCUGUCGUCCUCACUUGCUUUAUUGUACUCCACAUGACGCUUCCACACCCACUGUACACUAUUCGUCUCCAGUGAAUUUCUUUGAACACCUGAAUAAACAACCUGAAUAUUGUUUCAACCUUGCAGUAGAAGUCAACAGCAGCAAAAUAUAUUAAAAUUAUAUUGAAAAAGAGGGUAAUCUAUACAAAUUUCUCUUUUGUUGAAAUAACAACAUAAAACACGAUAACAACUAGGUCCUUAUGAGUUGGAUUUGAAUUUUUUUGACUUGGUGAAUCCUACUGGUAGUAUUACAAAGGGCAGUGUGGCAGACACUUAUGUAUACCUUUAUGCCACUGAAUGAUGCUGCAAUAAAAUCUGCAACAAGUGUGAUACGCGUCACAGCUUUACAUCAGCCGGUGUUUCUCCUUGAGCAGAUAUUGGAUAGUUAUUGCUGUACCCUUUGGCAGUUAAAUUACUCUGUGUGCAUGGCUGUUCAGUACCUGGAGCAAAAAGUGACUAAUAUUUUCUAAAAUUUAAGACUACCAGAAUAUGCUCUGUACAUUUAUGUAAUUUUUUUUUCUUGUAAUUUAUUUGUUUUGUACGUUGUACAGCAGGUGCAGAUGAACUGUGUAUUGGGUCACUUUGCAGUGUAUUGAAUGAGAGAUCAUGAGAGAUUGUUCCUUUCAGCAUUUUGUAUAAGCCAUGGUUAUUUUAGUAGUUUUACAAUUUGUAUAUUCGUUUCAUUUGUCAGCUGUGAUUCAGAGUUGCCACAAUACGUUAUUCUUUCCAGAGUCUUGAUGAAUGAAACUGUUUUCGCUCCUAAUUGGAUUACAGUGUCUGAUGGGGGUUGAUGGGAAACGUCUUUUUGCAUCUGAAGCUGACAUUAUUGAACAGGCAGGCUUUUAAACAAACCACAGUUCACAUUGAAUAACAGCUAACUGAUUUUAUUACAGUGAUGUUUGAUCAUAUUGUGGUAGUAAACAUCAUUGUGAAUUUAAGAACUUUUACCUCUUAUGUGUCUACAAGGACAUUUUCAGAGAAUGUACUUGUAUUAA